AUGACGAGCCAAAGUCCUCCAGGGAGCGAUAUUACAUGGUCAAGGCAGCAGAAUGAAGACCAAGCGACAACCUCAUCGGCUGAUACCGUAGUUCAGUCACAGGGUGUAACUCGCAUGGAGGCCAUUUAUCGCUCCACAAAGACAUACAAGAAAGGCUUGUGGCUGGUCGGCGGUUCGGUCCUCGUUUGCGCCUGGGCGUAUUCGUUGGAUUUUGCAACCACCCAGCACUACUCGGUCGACGUCUCGUCCUACUACCGCCAGCACAGCACGGUGCUCUCCAUUCUGGGCAUCGUCACGAGCAUUCUUAGCGCCGUCAGCAAGCCGUUCAUAGCCAAGGUCUCCGACAUCACGAGCAGACCGUACACGUAUGUCGUGGCGCUGGCGUUCUACGUCGUCGGCUACGUCGUCGCGGCAACUUCGCAAUCCAUCUCGGCAUACGUGGUCGGAGAGGCAUUUGUCGCCCUGGGCAGUUCCGGAAUCGACCUCGUCAACGACAUCAUUGUGGCCGACCUGACGCCGCUGGAAUGGAGAGGCUUCCUUGGGGCGUUGCUGUCCACGCCAUUCAUCAUCAACACGUGGUUUGCAGGGAAGAUUGUACAGGCCAUGCUAUCCAGGAACCAGUGGAGAUGGGGCUACGGAAUGUUUGCCAUCAUCAUGCCGGCGGCUGUGUGCCCAGCCAUUGCCACCUUGAUUUACCUCGAUCGAAAAGCGAAGAAGGCCGGCACGGUGAGUCUCGCUUCCGGCAGCGAAUCCCAACGGAUAGACAAGGGAGCCGCAAAUCAGAUUGGCCGCGCUGAGAUCAAGGUCGACACGGCGACAAUGGCCAUGCCCGAAAGCAGCUGGAUUAAGAAGCUUCGCCGGGGAUUGAUCGAGAUUGAUGCUUUUGGUCUAUUGUUGCUUGGCCUUGGCUGGACUCUCUUCCUACUCCCAUUCUCUUUAAAAACAUAUGCGCAGAAUGGAUGGGCCAACCCGUCACUCAUCGCCAUGUUUGUGGUCGGCGGAGUGCUGCUGAUUGCGUACGUGAUAUAUGAAGUCAAGUGGGCGGCCAUGCCUAGUGCUCCUAAGCGGCUGAUGCUAAACAAGACUUUCAUUGUCUGUGUGAUCAUUGAGGCUUCGUAUUUCGGUAGGUCCAACUCAACAUCCGACACCAUUCCUCCCACCCUCAACGGAGGCAUGACUGACGCCCAGUUCUCAGUUUCCGCAAGCAUGCGAGGCCUGUACUGGUCCUCGUAUGUCUACAUUACGAAGCCGUGGAGCUAUCAGAACUGGGUCUACUACAACAACUCCCUUACCCUUGCUCUCUGCGUGUUUAGCCCUCUGGCUGGCGCCUUGCAGCGAUGGACGCAUCGAUACAAGACCAUUUGCAUUAUCGGCCUCUGCAUCAAGGUGCUUGGUAUGGGCAUCAUGCUCAACGGCCACAAGGCGACUGUCAGCACCGGGGCCUUGGUCAUGACGCAGCUUCUCAUCGGCGGCGGCGGUUCCAUGGCCGUGGUCGGAACUCGCGUGGCGUCUCAGGCCAGUGUUCCACAUCAAGACGUGGCUCUCACUAUCUCGCUGCUCGCUCUGUGGUCCAGAGUUGGUAUGGCAAUCGGAAGUGCCAUUGCCUCGGUUGUCUGGGCAAACCAAAUGCCAAAGCAGCUUCGCAAGUAUCUUCCUGCCAGAGCCUCGGACAAGGAUGUGAAAACCCUCUUCAACAACAUCAGAAAGCUUCGCACAGCCUAUGACUUUGACAGCGACAUGAAGAAAGGGGCCAUUGAAGCCUACCAGAACGCCCUGUACUAUCUCCUCGCCCCUGCGCUGGGGCUCGCGUUCGUCCCGCUGGUUGCCGCGUUCUUUAUGAGCAACUUCUACCUGGGCAAGCAGCAGAAUGCUGUUACCAAUGUGGGUGUUGAUGGACUGCCACUUGCCGAGAAGGACAACAACCCAGACCCUCGGCAGGCAAGCAAGUCGUUCAAGGAGACAAUCGUUGGGUUCUGGAAGACCCAAGGAAACGAGCGUUAG